AUGCCUUGCAAGUCGGAACGGAAGAAAGUCCUGGAGGGCAUGGAAAUCAUGCUUGUCGGAUCCCUUUGGAAGAUGAAGAUGGCCCAUCAAGCAUCCAAGGUGAUCCAACUCAACCCAACACAACUCCUCAUCUUCAACUUCCUUCUAGCAGCCGGCCUCCAGCUGAAGAAACUUCUACCCAACAAACUUCGACUGGUCAACUUCUAUCUGGCUCUGGUCAAAUUCCAUCUCAUGAGAUCAUCGAUCACGCUGCAAAACAACAUCACCCAGCUUCACGCCGUCCCAGGAACUCGUGUGCCGUUCGGUACUACCGUACCCUCGACAACUGGGCCAAGCAGUUUCGAGCAAGUCGUCCUGCGCCAGUCGACCGGCAAGGUCGUUCUCUACCACUCCACCUCAAACAGACUGUCGGUCCACCACGCCCACCAACAGGAUAGCGAGCUCCAGCUGGCAGCAGCAUCCAGCUCGCUCUCAAGACUCGCCAAGAAGAACCAGCCCCCCCGCUACUGCCCCCUCUGUCUCCAGUCCCUCAACAUCCAGCCCAGCCCAUCCAGCAACAGCAGCAACACCCAGUCCAGCACGCCCAGCGCUCAGCCUGCAAACUCUGCAGCCCUCACGCCCUCCACCAGCACCACCAUCCGCCACUUCCCCCGCCCAGCCCUGCCCGCGCAUCAGCCGAUCACCGACUCCCAACUGUCCACCCACACCGUCACCCAGCAGUCGUACUUCGAUCUGCUCUCCCAGAGCAACAGCCCCCUCGCCAGCCGGCCCCUCUCACCCAUCGAACUCUCCCCCGCCCGCUCCCCAUCCUCCUCCGUCUCCUCCGAUCCCGACCACCUCGCUCGCCCUCGCCACCCGAUCCUCCCCGACCUGGACCCCGAACCCCUCGGUCAGGAUAAACGCGUCGACGGAUACUACGAGCGCUUCUUCAUCGAGGUCAUGAAGCUCGGACGGGGCCAGAAGGGCUCCGUCUUCCUCUGCACUCACACCCUCGACGGAAACGCCCUUGGCGAUUAUGCUAUCAAGAAGAUAGCGGUUGGCCAAUCGAGCCACGAACUCAUGCAUGUAUUGAAUGAAGUGAAAUUUCUCGAAAGCUUGCGCCACCCGAACAUCACCCAAUACCACCAUGCAUGGAUCGAAAAGGCCCAGCUAUCGCGCUUCGGCCCGCGGGUCCCGGUGCUAUACGUGCUGAUGAACUACGCAAACGGGGGGACGUUGGCGGCGCACAUCGCACUCCGGAAAGGCUCGAACGCGGCCGGGGCUGACUCGCGGUCCUCGGACGACGAAGACGUGCGGCGUCGGUCGCGCCAGAAAGCCCGCUUCCGCCAGCGGAGAACUAGCCCCAAAACGCCCAUCCUGCCCGGCUUGAUCGACUCUCUCUCCGCCUGGAAAGCCACCCAACGACUGGCGCCCCAGAACGCCGACAAGACGGGCGGGAGGGCCGUCCAUCUCUUCGGCUUCGACGAGAUCUUCAGCAUCUUUGAGGAUACCUGCCGCGGCCUCGGCUUCCUCCACUCCCAAGGCAUCCUCCACCACGACUUGAAGACCGAAAACGUCCUGCUCCAUUGGGCCUCCGAGGACGCAAUGAUUCCAACGGCCUUGAUCUCCGACUUCGGCAGCUCGAUCUCCCAGUCAGAGAACUGGAGUCGGGAGCGAACGGGUAGGACGGGGACGUUGGAUUGGGUGCCCCCGGAGUCGUUGAAGAAGGACCCAAAGACGGGCAAGUUACAUGAGGUCACCCAGAAGGGCGAUCUUUGGCAGCUCGGCCUCGUCCUGCAUUGUCUCUGCUUCUUCAGGUUGCCUUAUACGCAUUCGGAGGACAUCGACCUGUUGAAGGACGAGAUCACCCAAUAUCCAGGAUUUCUGAUCCACGAUUACCCCCCAGACCACGGGGGGACGAAGCGGAAGAUGCCCGCGCCGGGCCAGCAGCACUCGAGCCGCUCGGACCUGCCGCGGCCGCUUUUGCAGCUGCUGUCCGACCUGCUCUGUCUCGACCCGCGGCUGCGACCGAGCUGCGAGCGGGUGCUGCGGCGGCUGGAGAAGCUCCGGGAGACGCUUCCGCACGACGCACUGGGACCGCAAAAGCCGGCCGCCGCGGGCGGGGCGGCCGGUGACGACGCGCUCGGCCCGGCGACGGGCCCCGCCUCGGCGCUCGUCAAGCGGCGCCGCAUCUUCGUCGACUCCGCGGAAGGCGAGACGCCCGCCACCGCGCUUUCUGCACCCGACUUCGCGGCCCGCAAUGUGCUCUCCGUCGGCCCGGGGCCUUCCCCGUCCGUCUAUGGCCGUCCCCAGCAGGUAGGGACACACGCCCCGGCCCCGCCCGCCAGCUCGCAUCGCCAGCCGGAGGACCACCCGCCCGGAUCCCCGCGCUAUCUCCCCCUCCCGAGCCCCUCCCCUCCCCGCGCCCCUCACCUCCUCCCCCGCCCAUCCCGCUCCCAGACCCUCGUUCGACGCGGCUCCUGCUGCAGCCUCCCCGGCCUCACCUUCCUCGACCGCUGGCCCCGUCGCUGGGUCGCGGGGACGAUCGCCCUCUUCAUCUGUCUCAAAUCUGUGUUCCUGGUCCGGGUCCUGAGCACCAAGCCGCUGCCCCGUCUUGCCGCAUACUACCAUCACCAGUCCAACACACCAUCCCCUCAGGAUCGUGAUCCCCCUCUCGACCACUUGCUGGUGAUGGUGUUGGUCGUCCUGAACACGCUCGAACUCUUGCUGUGUCACCCGGCGGUCUCGGUGGGCCUCACCGCCGCAGAGGUCGUGUGGGCUCUGUAA